CGGUGCCGGUGCUGGUGCCGGUGCCGGUGCCGGUACCCGCGGGCAUCCUCCCGCCAGCCCCGGGGUGAAGGGACCGGCGCGGCGGGGCUGGACCGGUGCGAGCGGUUGGUGAAGUGUCCGCGGAAGAGCCCAGAGGAGGCUCAGCACAGUCAGCACGAUCGUUUCGUAACGCGGGAGUCUGAUCUCAGCCGUGAGGUGGAGGAGUUUCAGCUGCGACGAUGCUGGGCUGAUGCAGGGCCGGACUCGCGGCUGCUGGGCAAGGUACACUGAUGGGGGAGAGCAGGAGCAGGCGGGCACUGAAACCAGCACCAAACCCCCUCUGGGCAGCUGCAGCAUCCCAGCACUGAGCCUCUGUCCCUGGGGUGAGGAACCCCCGUAACAAGCUUUGGCUUCCCAUCAGACAAGAAACCUCGCAGAAGGAGGAUUUCAGGAGGAGAAAGGAACAGGAAGUCUGGAAACAUCCUGGAAAUAAAGAGCACAGCAUGAACCUGAAGAAGUACUUCAUCCGGGCACUGCACCGCCUGCAGAAGGGCCCCGGCUACACCUACAAGGAGCUGCUGGUCUGGUACUGCGACAACACCAACACGCACGGCCCCAAGCGCAUCAUCAAAGAGGGGCCCAAGAAGAAACUCAUCUGGUUCUUCCUAACUUUGCUCUUUGCAUCUCUGGUCUUCUGGCAGUGGGGCAUCCUCAUCAACACCUACCUGUCCUACAACGUCACCUCGUCUCUCUCUAUCGGCUUUAAGACCAUGAAGUUCCCAGCAGUCACAGUCUGUAAUGCCAACCCUUACAAAUACUCGGAGGCGAAGCCUCUGCUCAAAGAACUGGACCGGCUCAUUGAUGCGGCGCUGGAGAGGAUCCUGCAGCCCUCACCAGGCAACAGCAGCGAGAGCAUCUCCCCCCCGCUAGACCUGGAGCUCUGGUACCAGAUCCCCCUGGUCCUCAUCGACGAGCACGACAAAGACAACCCCAUCAUCCUGGACAUCUUUGAGACCAACCAGACCGCUGCGGGCAUGCAGUCCUCUACAGACACCCCAACCCCUGCGGGCAACGAAAGCUCUGUGGACAUCGCAGCCUCUGCAGGCAAUGAAAGCUUUGUGGGCAACCACACUGCAGGCAACCACACUGCAGGCAACCACACUGCAGGCAACCACACUGCAGGCAACCACACUGCCACCGCACCGAGCCCGGCCAACACCACGUCGGAAGAAAAGAAGUACAAGCUGGCGGUGAAGUUGUGCAGCCACCCGGGCUCUGACAACUGCACCUACAGGAACUUCACGAGCGCGGCGCAGGCGGUGACCGAGUGGUACAUCCUGCAGUCCACCAGCAUCCUCUCCAAAGUGCCCCUGCAGGAGAGGAUCAGGAUGGGCUACCAGGCAGAGGACAUGAUCCUGGCCUGUCUCUAUGGCGCUGAACCCUGCAACUACAAGAAUUUCACCCAGAUCUAUCACCCGGACCAUGGUAACUGCUACAUCUUCAACUGGGGCAUGGACGAAGAGGCUCUGAAUUCCUCCAACCCGGGAGCUGAGUUCGGGCUGAAGUUAAUCCUGGACAUCAGGCAGCAGGACUACAUCCCUUACCUGUCAUCCGCCGCCGGGGCCAGGCUCAUGCUGCACCAACAGAAGAGCUUCCCCUUCCUGAAGGAUCAGGGCAUCUAUGCAAUGCCCGGGACGGAAACCUCCAUCGGGGUGCUGGUGGAUGAACUGGAACGGAUGGGCUAUCCCUACAGCGACUGCACCAUGAACGGGUCUGAUGUCCCUGUGAAAAAUCUCUACAGCGAAUAUAACACCUCCUACUCCAUACAGGCCUGCCUGCGCUCCUGCUUCCAGAAGGACAUGACUGAGAUCUGUGGAUGCGGGCACUACAUGUUUCCUUUACCUCAGGGGGUAAAGUACUGCAACAACGAAGAUUACCCAGGCUGGGCAUAUUGCUAUUCAUCCCUGAGGUCAAGUAUAAGGCACAGACAGAUCUGUAUUGACUCCUGUAAGGAAACAUGCAACGACACGCAGUACAAGAUGACCAUCUCCAUGGCAGACUGGCCCUCCGAAGCCUCCGAGGACUGGAUUUUCCAUAUUCUGUCUUAUGAAAGGGACAUGUCAACAAACGUGACUCUGGACAGAAACGGGAUCAUCAAGCUCAACAUCUACUUCCAGGAGUACAACUACCGCACCAUCUCCGAGUCCGCCGCCACGACGAUCGUGUGGCUGCUGUCGAGCCUGGGGGGGCAGUUCGGGUUCUGGAUGGGGGGCUCCGUGCUCUGCCUCAUCGAGUUCGGGGAGAUCAUCAUCGACUCGCUCUGGAUCACCGUGAUCAACAUCAUCAGCUGGUGCAAGGGGCUGAAGCAGAGGCGGGCGCAGGCGCGGUACCCGGACGCGCCGCCAACGGUGUCGGAGCUGGUGGAGGCUCACACCAACCUGGGCUUCCAGCACGAGGGCCCCGGGACCCUGCCCAGGGACAGGGACAAGGAGCAGGAGCUGCCCCCUGAGCCCGGCACCCCCCCUCCCAACUACGACUCCUUGCGGGUGCAGCCCCUCGAUGGCCUCGGGCCCGACAGCGAUGCAGAGACCGAGUGAGCAGCGAGUGCCCCCGGUACCCCCCUGUGCAGGCAUGGGCUGAGAGACCCCUGCUCUGCCACAGCCAGGGGGGCUCCGAACCGCCCUGGCUGCCCCCCCAGCCCCACUGCUCACUGUGAAAAGCUCUGUCCAAUAAACCUGGUCAGGACCCUCA